AUGAUGGUGACGCGACGCAUAGUGCGCACCACGUCCAAGCUCGCCGCCUAUGCCCUCUUCGCCUUCAUUGUCAUUUUCUUCCUCGACCGCAACUUCCGACUUCUUCCCAAUGCCGUCCACGAGUAUAUGCCGCAGCACCACCACGGACUCAUCAUCAUCGACAUAACCAUAGCUCAAUGCUCCACCGUGAACAUAUUUUCCUCCUGCAAACUCGAUCCCGAAGUGUGGCACCGCGUCGAGAAAGACCUGUAUCUGGAUCAGGCAUGGACGUCCAGCGCAUACGUUCACGUCCGAAGGAAGAAAGAGGAGGAGCUGACUGCCAAUGACAAGGUCGUUGUUGACGUCACUGUCGGACGGCUGGAUCCUUCUACGGGGGUCAAGGGCCAGGCCGAUGUGCGGUGGGAGUCGAGGCCAGGCGGGCUAUGGAUAUUGCGAUCUGCCAAACCAAAUGCGAGCGACUCCAAGAAGGCCAUCACAGCCGUCGACGUGCUCUUCGGCGAUGACGCGGUGGAAGUCCGCGACGGGUGGCAGCUCCAAAACACACCCCUCUUACUGGACGCCAACACCGAAAUACCUGUCCCACACAUAACGGUUCGGCGAGGCAGCCACGAGGAGACGGCGAAGCCGCAGCCGCGGGUGAAGGACAACGGGAAGUUCAAGAUCAUGCAGCUGGCCGACUUGCACUUGAGCACAGGUGUAGGUCGCUGCAGAGAUGCCAUCCCAGACGAAUACGAAGGCGGGAAGUGUUUGGCGGAUCUGCGGACCCUUGACUUUGUCUCGAAACUCCUCGACGACGAAAGGCCAGAUCUGGUCGUCCUCAGUGGUGACCAAGUGAACGGCGAUACUGCGCCUGAUGCUCAGACGGCGAUUUUCAAAUACGCCCAGCUACUGAUCAAGCGCAAAAUUCCCUACGUGUCCAUCUUCGGCAACCAUGACGACGAAGGUGGCACCCUACCUAGAGCUGGGCAGAUGGCUCUCAUCGAACAGCUGCCCUACUCGUUGUCUGCUGCUGGCCCAGAUGACAUCGAUGGGGUUGGCAAUUACUAUGUUGAGGUUCUAGCGCAGGGAACCUCAAAGCAUUCAGCGCUCACCAUCUACUUACUUGAUACACAUUCAUACUCGCCCGAUGAACGACAAUUCAGCGGCUACGACUGGAUCAAGAAGAACCAAAUCGAUUGGUUCAGACAGACUGCUUCUAGCUUGAAGAAGAAGCACAAGGAGUAUACUCACAUCCACAUGGAUCUUGCCUUCAUCCACAUACCUCUCCCAGAAUAUAGAGACGUGGAAAAUCCGUUCGUCGGUGGAUGGAGAGAAGGUGUAACAGCCCCGACUUUCAACUCGGGAUUCCGUGAUGCCUUGGUUGAGCAGGGUAUCGUGAUGGUCAGCUGCGGACAUGACCACGCCAAUGAGUAUUGCAUGCUCUCUACCGACGAGGAGAAGCAAAGGCCGGAGCUGUGGAUGUGUUACGCUGGCGGCGCUGGUUUCGGCGGGUACGGUAACUACGAAGGUUUCGUUCGGACUGUGCGAUUCUUCGACAUAGAUAUGAACGAAGCCCGUAUCCAGACUUACAAGCGACUCGAAUACGGCGAUACCGAAAAGCGAAUCGACCUACAGAUCAUUGUUGAUGGCGGACACGUCCAGCCUCCCAUGGAAGACGCCUGA